AAUUAAACUGGUGGGAAACUUUAUUUAAAAAUAAAUACUCCAUUUCCUAAAAAAUAAAUAAUAAUAUUAAUUGUUGGAAAUGAUCCACAUGCUUAUAAUUCAUAUUGGUUUCCUCGUCAAAACAGCAACAUUUAUUUUCUAAUUUAUUUUUAGUUUUUCUUUGCUUUCAAGAACAUUUGUACCUGAAAUAUAAAACCCCUAAAAAUUUGUCAUUCACUCUAGACUCUCCUCUGGAAUUUCAUCAUCUUCUUUCCUCAUUUAGGGUUCUGUUCAUAUAUAUUUUUUCUUUUUCAACUUUGGUCAAAAGGGGUCUUCUUUCCAUCAAAUUUGGAAUUUUUUAAUUCAAUUUUUAGGCUUUGACUUCAUCAAAGAUUAACCCUUUUUAUUAAAUUUCAUUUCCUCAACUGGGUUGUAAUCAAAUUCUUGGAGUUUGAUUGGAUCAGAACUUUGCAUCACUGUAAUACAUUGAACUACACUUGAAGUUUAAGCUUCAUUGGUGUGGUUGAAUAUUGCCCCAUCUCUAUUGUGGUAGAGGAUAGAAAAUGAGAAUAUUAGCUCGCUCUAUUCGCCAAUUUCAAUCAAUUUUAAGGUCCCAAGGAGAAAAUUAUGCAAUUGGAUUGGCAAGGAGGAGAUAUUUGGUAAAUCGGAGUUCGAAUUAUAAGUAUGAGGCUAUUCGAAAUCUGCAAAUACAUAGAUAUGCUCGUCCGUUUUUUAUACCAUCAAGAUACUUGUCAUCCGAAGCAGUGGAAAUUUCCAAUGGAGAUGGGAUUAAAGGAGGCCCUCUUGUGGAGUAUGAAAGGCGAGUUGCGGCUGGUGAACUAUUUGAUGGUGAUCUAUGUCAGCUAGACACUUUGAGAGAGCUUCAGAGGCUCUAUGAUGAGCUUGUUAAGAAAGAAAAUGAAUGCCGGUUGGAUCGCUAUGCAACUUCAGAAAUAUCUGGGAGGAGUAGGUGGUUAUGGUCUCGAUUUAUUCCACAAACAUCUUAUUCCCCUGUGAAAGGAUUAUAUCUUUAUGGUGGAGUUGGCACAGGAAAAACCAUGUUGAUGGACUUGUUUUAUCAUCAACUACCUUGCAAUUGGAGGAAAAGGAGGAUACAUUUUCAUGACUUCAUGCUCAAUGUUCAUAGCCGUUUGCAGAAACACAGGGGUGUGACUGAUCCACUUGAGGUUGUUGCAGAUGAGAUAUCAGAUGAUGCAAUUUUGUUAUGUCUUGACGAAUUUAUGGUAACCGACGUGGCUGAUGCAUUAAUAUUGAAUCGUUUAUUUGGACAUCUGUUCAGCAAUGGUGUUAUUCUUGUUGCAACUUCAAAUCGCACCCCAGAUAAUCUCUAUGAAGGUGGCCUACAGAGAGAUCUUUUUCUACCUUUUAUUGCCACAGUUAAGGAAAGAUGUGCAGUGCAUGAAAUUGGAUCAUCAGUGGAUUAUCGGAAGAUGACCUCAGGUGAGCAGGGCUUUUAUUUAGUUGGACUGGAUAUGUCAGGUCUUCUGAAGGUUAAGUUUCAGCAGCUAAUAGGGGAACAUCAACCUCAUCCACAAGAGGUAGAAGUGGUUAUGGGAAGGAAAUUACAGGUUCCAUUGGGUGCUAAUGGUUGUGCUUAUUUUCCUUUCGAAGAGCUGUGUGAUAGACCUCUUGGAGCUGCAGAUUAUUUUGGAUUAUUCAAGAAAUUUCACACUCUGGCAAUAGAUGGGGUGCCAAUUUUUGGGCUAAAUAACAGGACAGCAGCAUACCGGUUUGUCACUUUAAUUGAUGUGAUGUAUGAAAACAAAGCUAGAUUACUGUGUACUGCUGAGGGUAGCCCGUAUGAACUCUUUGAAAGAGUUGUAACAAUAUCUGAGGCCAAGAGCAUGGCACCACGGACUUCUUCAAGAUCAGCAAAGAAAGAUUUUGCUGAUCUUUGUGUUGACAAUGAACUUGGAUUUGCCAAGGAUCGCACCAUUAGUAGAUUAACAGAAAUAAAUAGCAAAGAGUACCUAGAACAACAUGCUGCAAUGUUAGCAGCCAAGAAGUCUGAACAGAAGACAGCUGAAAAUGCCGUGUCAUCUUGAAAGAGGAUAUGAAUAAAAUUGCCAUACAAUUGGAGAAAUCUCGUGUGAUAGCAUUAAGUCUCCUAAAUUGCGAGUUGGGUCUGGUGCAAAGGGGAGAUCGAUUGAUCCCUAAUAAUACCAGCAAAAGAAGAAUAACAUGGGCUUAAAGCUUAGUCCUGUUGUCACAUUACUGUUAUAUUAGCUGUUGUAACUUCCAUAAAUAUUUUUCUCAUCAGAGUAGAUCUGAGUUGUAUAUAGAACAAGAAUCUCACUAGCAUUCUUAGAUGAUUGAAUUAAACAUUUUUUUGAUACAAACAAGGCAAUAAACCAUAGUACAAUACUGUACUAACUCGUUGCAAUUGUCAACCUUAUUCGAAUUUCUGCAAGGUUGGGGUAUGUUGAUGCUCUAUUAUUAUCAGACA